GAUGCAGAGAAUCAAAGGGACGAAGAGCGAACCUCCGCCGGUGAUUGGUGCUCUUUGAAGAAACCCUAGAAAAGAGAAACUUCAGUUGGCUGUGAGAUUUGAGAGGAGGCUCUCUCUUAGGGAAUGCAGAGAGAUGAGAGGAGAUUGGUUUACAAGUUUCAUCUCUAGUGGUCGAGCUGGCAACUCCAUCGGGGGCCGGAACUGUCAUCGGAAACACGUUGAAGACGGGUGAUUCGUUUCUCCUUCCUUCUCUUCCUCUUCAACUUUCUCUUAAUCUCUAACUAAGUAAAAGGAAAAAAAAAAAAAAGGCGAGAAAGAAUCUUUUGUAUAUACCAGUAUUUUUGCGUAUUUUAAUCUUUGCAAAAAGAUCGAAUCAAUGGCGGAAAAGGAUAGAGAUGGUAGUUCUGGUGUGCUCCAUGGGAAGUAUGAGUUAGGUCGGCUUCUAGGGCAUGGAACUUUCGCGAAGGUUUACCAUGCCCGGAACUUGCAGUCUGGGACGAGUAUGGCGAUGAAGGUCGUUGGGAAGGAGAAGGUCAUAAAAGUAGGGAUGAUGGAGCAGAUCAAGAGGGAGAUCUCUGUGAUGAAGAUGGUGAAACAUCCGAAUAUCGUUGAGCUUCAUGAAGUUAUGGCGAGCAAAUCGAAGAUUUAUUUCGCUAUGGAGCUUGUUCGAGGUGGAGAAUUGUUCUCCAAAAUUUCCAAAGGUCGAUUGAGAGAAGAUGUCGCUAGGGUUUACUUUCAGCAGCUAAUUUCCGCGAUCGAUUUCUGUCACAGUCGUGGAGUAUACCAUCGGGAUCUCAAACCGGAGAAUCUUCUUCUCGACGACGACGGAAACCUUAAGGUAACUGAUUUUGGACUAAGCGCAUUUUCCGAGCACUUGAAACAGGAUGGAUUAUUGCACACAACUUGUGGAACACCGGCGUACGUUGCCCCGGAAGUUAUCGGGAAGAAAGGAUACAACGGCGCCAAAGCCGAUCUGUGGUCUUGUGGAGUCAUCCUUUACGUUCUCCUUGCCGGAUUUCUUCCAUUUCAAGACGACAAUAUUGUAUCCAUGUACAGGAAGAUUUACAGAGGAGACUUCAAGUGUCCGCCGUGGUUCUCACCGGAAGCCCGACGACUAGUCACCAAACUCCUCGAUCCAAAUCCGAACACCAGAAUCCCAACUUCGAAGAUAAUGGAAUCGUCCUGGUUCAGGAAAUCUAUACCAAAAACUGUGGUUACAAAAGAGGAACAGGAAUUCAUCGAGAGCAACGAGAAAUUAAAGCAAUCCGAAACUUUAAAUGCCUUCCAUAUAAUUUCUUUAUCAGAAGGGUUCGAUUUGUCGCCGUUGUUCGAGGAGAAAAAGAGGGAAGAAAAAGAGGAGCUGAGGUUUGCAACGACGAGGCCGGCAAGCAGUGUUAUAUCGAAGCUGGAGGAGGUGGCCAAGGCAGGGAAAUUCAGCGUCAAAAAGAGUGAAUCAAGGGUCAGAUUGCAGGGUCAGGAGUGUGGAAGAAAAGGGAAACUGUCAGUGGCGGCGGAGAUCUUCGCGGUGACGCCGUCGUUUCUGGUGGUGGAGGUGAAGAAAGAUCACGGUGACACACUUGAAUACAAUCAGUUCUGCAGCAAAGAGCUUCGGCCGGCGCUGAAAGAUAUCGUGUGGACAUCACCGACGGAAAAUUCCAUGCCGGCUUGAGAAUUAGGAAGGAACUAAAAGAUUUUAAUUAUAUUCAGGAAUUGACGCAAUUUUUAGUUUGUUUGAGUUAAGAAUUUGAAUGACAUAUUUUAAGAAAAAGAUGAUGAUGGUGAUGAAGCUAAAGCUUUGAGAAGUUCGAGUUACGGAACUGUGGAAAAUGGUUAUGUGUCAGUUUAUCGUUCUCUAGUCAUUAUCGUGUUUAUGUGCAUAAUAAUUGUUGGUUAUCUUUCGCUAAAAAUCAUCUGAUUUCGUCA